GUAUAGAAAUUAAACAAUGUUGUAUUUAUUCGCAUGGAAUUGAGUAAAUUUCAAUAUAUUCUCGUUUAUAUAAUCAAUGAAAUCCGACUCGUAUUUAUAAUUUUGGCAAAGCGUUACAAAGAGAGUUCUUAUAAAUAUUAUAUACGUUUGUCAAAAUAAUAGAUUUAUUCUAUAGUUACAAACUAUUUGAUAUAUAAGCACUGUUAAGAUAAAGCGCGAUUUACACUUCGUUAAAGAGCCACUCUAUUAAAUGAAAUGGUUGCGUGUCAGCAAAUUGUAUAAUAUCGUUACUCGCUCGGCAGUGUCCACGUAUGAUGUAGGACGUCACACUCCCAUAAGGUAAAUAUGUAGGUGGUAGUCCUACAAAGUACCAUCAUAUGCGUCAGUCAGUAAUAUGCGUGUAGAUCGUUGAAGCAGCAUGUGCUACCAAUUUGUCGGUUAUUUCUUUCAUUGCUUCUUUCAGCAAUAUAAAUCGUAAAAAGCAAUACAGGCGCUAAAAAGCUCGAGAAAAGUGUAUAAAUUUCUUAAAAGCAAGUUCGUGCAUGCAGAAUUUUUCGCAGUGCACGGUUGAUUAAUAAAAGAUUUGAAUUCGUAGAUUAUAACAAGCGAUAAGUCUAAGUGUGAUAAGAAGCCAAGUGAUAAAUCUACGCAAACAUUACAUCAUGUUUAACAAACAUGAUAUAAAUGAAAUUCACACAUACCUAAAGAAUCUGUCUCCGCGUAUUCAAAAGGAUUUUAUUGCAACGACAAAUCCUACCAAAAUGAACAUCAUUAUACCAAUCAUACCCGAGCCCGUACGCAAUAUCAUGGAUUUUACGCUGCUGGUGGCAGGUACUAGCCUAAAUGCUUUGCUGGGUCUCAUUAUCGCAUCAAAUUCUUCCAUGUACACCUCCGCCAAUUGCUAUAUAAUGAGCCUGGUGUUAUCAAAUUUGACAAUCCUACUCGAACCGCUUCAGCAAAUAUUUCGCUGGAUUUUCGAUAUAGAUCUGGUGAUGAAUCUCGACUACAUAUUUUUGGUGAGCUUUGGCACGUCCAUCCUAACGAUAAUUAUAUUAAAUAUCGAAGCGUACGUUGUCGUUUGCCACAAAAAUUGGCCCUUUCGCAAAUCGCUCGUGAAAAUUUCAACGGCUAUAAAAGGCACCUUAUUUAUAUGGAUAAUGUGUAUUAUGGUGACAGCUAUGGAACUAAAUCUCUACGAUCAUUAUGAGGAAGAAAUUGUAUACGACAUCUACGUGUCAUCCACCGUUAUGUUUCUAAUAUUCCCUUGUUUUAUUUUUAUUAUACUUGACUUCUUCAUUUUGUACGACUUAAUAAUAUCGAAAUUAAUAAUCGGAACAUGGCCAAGCAAAGAUAUCGAAUGUUUCGUUUUUCUAGUUGGUAUUACUAUCGGAUUUUUUCUAACUAUGAUACCAUAUCGAGUCGUGAGAGCUAUUGCUCUUUUAAUAUCGGCAACGUCUUGCUGUAGCGAUACGACGAUAGAGAUAGUGUAUACGAUGGUUAAAAUAUAUCCGAUGAUCCUGCCAAUAAUAUGUUUCGUAGUAUCUAAAGAAUAUCGUCAAGCGAUUGAAACAAUGCUACGUUGUCAACGGCAUGAAACUUCCAUCAUAAUAUAAAGAAGAGACAAAGAAAUAUUACAGAUAUUCCGAUAGAUAAAGAUACAUCAAAGCACACCUCCAUUUGGACAUCAUCUAAUCUGUUUUAUUACACUCUUGCAAAGAUUUCUUACUUUUAUCGUGCUUUUGAAUAAUUUACUAUUCCUGAGAAGAACUUAGAAUUCACGUGUGCAAUAAGUAAGCACAUCCGCUCUCAUGAAGGAAGAAAGAAGCGACGCGCAUGCAGAGUCUGCACACAAAUUUUCGAAUUCACUGAGCUCUCUGUAUGCAAAUUAGUUCCCUUUGAAGUCUCUCUUCCAAGAGCAAAAGUCGAAAACCAGCAUUGUACUUACGGCUUCACUUAUCUAUAUACUUAUAUAGAUAAGAAGAUAUAUAUUUCGUUUUGUGUAAAUUAUAACACAUAUUGUUUAAGUUAUAUUUUUGCUUUCUAAUUAUUUAUAUGUACAAUACUAUUAUAUUUUUGUAAUAUUAUUGAGUAAAAUAUGUAUCAUACAAUAAAAUAUGCAUCAAAUACAUGAUAAAUAAAUUUUUUUAGGAAAAAUUUAAGCCAUCAAUAUAUUUGAACAUCUCUUUUAUAUCACGUAUUCAACGCGUGCUUCAUUGAAUUAAAAUUCAAAACAUUACGGUAAAAACAUUUCCUUAAAUUCAUUCAGCUGUAACACAACAUUUCCUUCCUAACAAGAAGCAUUUAUCAAAUCAGGGAUAAAACCUCGAAGUGUUUAUAGCUAUCAAGUAGUCUGUUUGGCUUCUCGCGAUUAGGAAUUCCUCUCACGACAUCGUUUCGUAUUCCCUCCUUCACUGCAGCAUCCAAACGAGAUUUGCCGAUAUUUGUAAAGAUCGGGCUGUGUAUUAAAAAAAUAAUAUCAGAUUGCUGGUGAAAGUCCAUUCAUGUUUAAAUGAUUAUAGUGUUUUACGUGUUAAUUACUUUUUCAAUCAACGUCUCAAAGAAACAAUUUAGUUCUAUAUAACUGUAUCUUUUAAUCUCACGAUAUUAUCCUGAGAAACCAUAGAGACUGAGCAGUUAAUCAAACAUUCUUAAGUUAUUCAACUUUCCAUAAAAUGUAAAUAUUAAUAAUGCUGAAUUCUUAGAAACAAAAUAACUUUUUACAAUAAUUUUUUUUUAUAAAUAUUUACAAAAACUAAAAGCAAUAUAUGGUUCUUCUCUCCUUAUCUAGAUAAUCUGUGUAAAAUAUAUUGCUAAUACGAGAUAUAUAUUCUACAUAUCGUUGCUGCAGAGAAAAGAAAGAUCACGAAGAACCAGGAAAUCGGUGACCCAGAACGACUAAACAGAAACUUCCGGUUCGAUGAAUGAGCUCUAUCCUUUCCAAAAAUGUACACUUCUCAAACAG